AUGGCUGUGCCCCCACAGCCCCUAUCUAAUAGGAAUAAAAAACAUUUUUUGGGGGUACCUGCUCCUUUGGGAUAUGUAGCUGGUGUUGGUAGGGGAGCUACAGGAUUCACAACUCGUUCUGAUAUUGGUCCAGCAAGAGAUGCAAAUGAUGUUUCUGAUGAUCGUCAUGCUCCUCCUGCAGCCAAGAGACCUAAGAAGAGUGAGGAAGAAGAAAAAGAAGAAGAAGAGGAUCUAAAUGAUUCCAAUUAUGAUGAUUUUAAUGGUUAUGGAGGAUCAUUAUUCUCGAAAGAUCCCUAUGACAAAGAUGAUGCUGAAGCAGAUGCCAUUUAUGAAGCAAUUGACAAAAGAAUGGAUGAAAAAAGAAAAGAAUAUAGGGAGAAACGUCUGAGGGAAGAAUUGGAGAGGUAUCGUCAAGAAAGGCCGAAAAUUCAACAACAGUUUUCAGAUUUGAAGAGAGAUUUGGCUGGUGUUAGUGAAGAUGAGUGGAAGACUGUACCUGAGGUUGGGGAUGUCAGAAAUAAAAAACAAAGAAAUCCCAGAGCUGAAAAAUUCACACCACUGCCUGACAGUCUCCUUUCCAGGAAUUUAGGUGGAGAAGCUACUAAUUCUAUUGACCCAAAUUCUGGAUUAGCUAGCAUGGUACCAGGUGCAUCAACACCAGGUAUGCUGACACCUACUGGUGAUAUGGACUUGAGGAAAAUUGGACAAGCCAGAAAUACAUUGAUGAAUGUAAAACUGUCACAAGUGUCCGAUUCGGUGACCGGACAGACCGUGGUGGACCCCAAGGGCUACCUCACCGACCUCCAAUCGAUGAUCCCGACGUACGGCGGCGACAUCAACGACAUCAAGAAGGCGCGGCUGUUGCUGAAGUCCGUGCGCGAGACGAACCCCAACCAUCCGCCUGCUUGGAUAGCCAGCGCCCGGCUGGAAGAGGUCACAGGGAAAGUGCAGGCGGCGAGGAACCUGAUCAUGAAGGGGUGCGAGGUGAACCACCAGAGCGAGGAUCUGUGGCUGGAGGCGGCCAGGCUCAAUCCGGCCGAUACGGCCAAGGCUGUCAUCGCGCAGGCUGCUAGGCACAUACCCACGUCCGUGCGUAUUUGGAUCAAAGCGGCCGACCUAGAAGAAGAAACGAAAGCCAAGCGAAGAGUGUUCCGCAAAGCUCUGGAGCACAUUCCGAACUCGGUGCGACUCUGGAAAGCCGCCGUGGAAAUCGAGAAUCCGGAAGACGCGAGAAUAUUGCUUUCCAGGGCGGUGGAGUGCUGCCCCAGCGCGGUGGAACUGUGGUUGGCCUUGGCACGCCUGGAAACCUAUGAAAAUGCAAGGAAAGUGCUGAACAAGGCCAGAGAGAACAUACCAACUGACAAGCAGAUUUGGACGACGGCGGCUAAAUUAGAAGAAGCGAAUGGAAAUCACCCCAUGGUGGAAAAAAUCAUAGAGCGAGCGAUAACAUCGCUCAGCUCAAACGGCGUGGAAAUCAACAGGGAGCAAUGGUUCAAAGAAGCGAUCGAGAGCGAAAAAGGCGGUCACAUACAUUGUUGUCGAGCCAUCGUCCGGUCCAUCAUCACUUGCGGAGUUGAACCGGAAGAUCAGAAGCACACUUGGAUGGAGGACGCAGAACAUUGUGUGAACCAAGGUGCAUUUGAAUGUGCAAGAACGGUGUACAAUAUAGCUCUGCAGGCAUUCCCUGGGAAGAAAUCUAUUUGGUUGAGGGCUGCUUAUCUGGAAAAAAAUCAUGGUACUAGGGAAAGUUUGGAGAAUCUUUUACAGAGAGCUGUCGCCCAUUGUCCGAAAAGCGAGGUUCUUUGGCUGAUGGGAGCGAAGAGUAAAUGGCUGGCCGGGGACGUACCGGCUGCUAGAGGAAUUCUGUCUCUUGCCUUCCAAGCGAAUCCGAACAGUGAAGAAAUCUGGCUGGCGGCCGUCAAACUGGAAUCCGAGAAUAAGGAAUACGAGAGGGCGAGGAGGCUUCUAGCCAAAGCCAGAGGAUCUGCUCCGACGCCUCGCGUCAUGAUGAAAAGCGCCAAACUGGAAUGGUCGCUGAACGAUCUGAACGGAGCGCUGCAGUUGCUGGACGACGCUCUCAAGGUGUUCCCCGACUAUCCGAAAUUGUGGAUGAUGAUAGGGCAGAUACACGAGCAGAGAAUGGAUAUGUCCAAAGCUUUCGACGCUUACAAUUCGGGGAUAAAAAAGUGCCCCAACUCCAUACCCCUCUGGCUCCUACUGUCCCACCUGGAAGAAAAACGCGGGCUCCUCAUCAAGGCCCGUUCGGUGCUCGAGAAGGCCCGCCUGAAGAACCCGAAGAACGACGUGCUGUGGCUGGAGGCCAUCCGCGUGGAAGUCAGGGCCGGCAUGCGGGACAUGGCCCACGCGAUGAUGGCCAAGGCGUUGCAGGAGUGCCCCCAGUCGGGGAUUCUGUGGGCCGAGAGCAUCUUCAUGGAGCCGCGGCCGCAACGGAAAACGAAAUCGGUCGACGCUCUGAAGAAAUGCGAACACGAUCCGCACGUGCUGCUGGCCGUCAGCAAGCUCUUCUGGUCGGAGAGGAAGAUCGGCAAGUGCCGCGAAUGGUUCCAGCGGACGCUGAAGAUCGAGCCGGACCUGGGCGACUCGUGGGCCUUCUGGUACCGCUUCGAGCAGCUGCACGGCACCAAGGAGCAGCAGGAGGAGGUGAAGCAGCGGUGUUUGGCAGCAGAGCCCCACCACGGGGAACUCUGGUGCUCGGUGUCCAAGUUGAUCGAGAACGUGGGGCUGAACACGGAGCAGACGCUGAAAGCGGUCGCGAAGGAAGUUGCGAUUCCUGUUUGA